AUGAGUGUAUCAUCAGGUCUUGGCGCUUUCAAUAAAGAUAAAGUUGCCAAUAAAUUUGGUAUACAAUUAAAACCAAAAGAUGCAUCACACAAAACACCAAAUCCAUUACCAACGAAAAAUGUGACAACAUCACAACUAUCGAACGUGACAAAAAAUAAAACAAUUAGUGAUUUUCGUACAGACAAUAAUGCUAAUGGAUUUUUAACAAAUACAAAUCGUAAUACCACAUCAAAUACAUUAGAAACUACAAAAAAAUCUAAUGAACAAACUACAACAAAAAAGCCGACUGAACAAACUACGACAAAAAAACCAGCUGAACAAACUGUCAUAAAAAAAUCUGCUACGGAACCUGUGAAUACAUCUGCAAAAAAGGAACAACCUCAUUCUUCAAACACAAAUGUUAAUCAUUCCACGAAAAAGUCAAAAGAAUCUGUAUCAACAAAAUCUUCUGAAGUAUCGAACAAAUCCACUGUAUCAUCAACGGAAAAAGUGGUUUCACCAACAUCACCUGUUAAACAACCACCUGUACCCACAACGAAACCUAAAACUGAAGCUCAAAGCGAACAUAAAAAAGAUCAACCAUUAUACAAACGACAAUCGUCAAAAUCAUUGGAGAAUACAACCCCAACAAUAAAUAAAAAUACACCAACAACAACAACAACAGCAAAUGCAUCAACAACUUCAUUAAAAAGGUAA